AUGCAAAGACUCGUAUUACGCAUUUUGGGCCGUUUUUCUCGAAAAACUUUCAUUCGUAGUGCCUGGAAAAAUUUGAAUAGUCUAAGUGAACACGAUGAACUAAUUGACGCUCUGGAAGCUCUCAUAUCAAUGUCUCAUGAAGAAAACGAAUUCAUUGAACUAAUCACGGUUAUUGCUGAUGUUCUUUCGGAAGCGCCCAUGGCCUCAGCCUUUUUGUGCCAUAUUAUUGAUAGUGCGGCUCUUCCUUCUAAAGAAACAUCACAUAAAAUAACGACAAGACUACUUCAAAAACUUAAACCAGGUUUAUGUCGAAUUAAGCCAAAGAAACGUAUACGAGUUAAUGUCUCAAUCAUGUGGAGUGUUCUUGCUGAGAAAUUGGCAGGUGAAAUUAGCUUAUCACUAUUUACAGAUAAUGUAUGUAAUACAUUAUUGGAUUAUCUCCAAAAUGAUAAUGAUCCAAGAGUGCGAUUAUUUGCUCUGAUCGCACUAGAAAAAUUUGGCAUGACAGGGCAAAAUAAACAAAAGAUUCUUUCAGCUGAAAAAGAUAUUCAUAAAAUUUUACAAGUACUAUUAAAAGAAUUAUAUUCAAACGAAAAUUCAACAUAUGACGUUUAUCGUAAAAAACAAUUAAAAUUUUGUGUAGAAUGGGCUUUAAAAAACACUUUUGAUUCUGGCAAGCGAAAUAUAUGGAAUCCCGAUGAUAGUUUGACCAAUCAUAACAUAAAUGUGAUGAUGAACCCCCUGGAUGCCACUGCUCAUUGGAAACUAUCACCAAAUGGUUUGGAGAUAAGGAAUGAUAAUUUUGCAUUCGAAUCAAUUCGUGCUACGGCUGGAGUUACUUCUGGAAAAUGGUUUUAUGAAGUUCUAUUGCUCACCAAUGGUAUUAUGCAGAUCGGAUAUGCAACCAAACGUUGUACGUUCGGACCGGAAGAAGGUACAGGUAUCGGUGAUGAUCAUUACGGGUUUGCAUAUGAUGGAUGUAGAAAUAUCUUAUGGGCAAACGGUAUAUCUGUACCGUAUGGUGGCAGUUCGCCAUGGAAACCAGGAGAUAUUGUGGGUGUAUACAUGGACAUUAACCUCGGUUGUGUUCGUUUUUAUCUCAAUGGCAAAGAUUUAGGAAUGGUACAUCCCCUUAACAUUGCUCAAUUUCGAAAAUUGGCCGAAAGUGGACUGCAUCCUGCUUUGUCAUUUACUUCAUAUCAACAAGCUGUUGUCAAUUUUGGGGCCGAGAAAUUUCGAUAUCCACCGUCAUCAUUAUCUUUUGAAAAGCUCAAUAAUCAUGUUCAACUAUCAGCAGAACUCCGUGAUUCAAUACAAAAGAGAACGACCGAAGAUGAUUUUGAUGCACAAUGUUCUAUUUGCUUUGCAAUGCCUCCUUGCAUUACGCUGGGGCCAUGUAAUCAUGAUGGAUUUUGCGUGGAAUGUGCUAAAAUGAUGAAUUUAUGGUGCCCAAUUUCAUCGAGAAGGCCCAUGAACAAUAAUAAUUUACCACCCUCUCCUACAAAGUUAUCCAUUUCAUCAUCAAUUCCAUCUACAGCUAUCGUAUUACCCCCAACACCACCCGAUUCCC